GACAGCAUCAUCGCGCCUCAACCGUCUCGUCUCCAUUGCCGCGUCUCGAAGCUAUAAUCCGCUCUUGACGGAACUGCAUCAUCAUUGUGUCAUGCGCCGCAAUUGAACCUAUUCCGAAUUCCUCAACGCUUUACCUUUGUCUCAGGUACGAUCUCUCGACGGUCUAUCUCGCCCUACACAGCAUCCUGUUGGUAGCCUGCUUGGAGAUAAUUGGCCUCUCUUGUCGUAAAGCUACGAUCGCUAUCCACCCACAAUGCGCUUCGGUCGGACCCUCCGCGAGUCCAUCUAUCCGCCAUGGAAGGACAAGUAUAUCGACUAUGCGAAGCUCAAGAGCUUGUUGAGGGAGGAUGUGGCCGAUGACGAUAACCAGCCGUGGACCGAGAAGGACGAGACUCGCUUCUGCGAAGAGAUCUUCAACAAUCAACUCGAGAAGGUCGCUCAGUUCCAAGAGCAACGCUUUAACGCUCUUAAGGAACGAGUUGACGCUGCUUUCGGUAAGCUCAAGGAACUCGCUCCCGUCGAGUCCUCAGAGGACGAUGGAGCUCCUCAAAAGGGCGAGAUCUCGGCUUCCCGCUUGCGCACUCUGGAAUCAGAGCUUGACGAGAUCACUAAUGAGGUUCGUGAGCUCAAGAAGUAUAGCAACAUCAACUACACUGGCUUCCUCAAGAUCAUUAAGAAGCACGACCGGAAGCGAGGAGACCGUUACAAGGUCCGUCCUAUGAUGCAGUUGAGCCUUUCUCAGCGACCAUUCAACUCCGAGACUGGUUACUCCCCGCUACUCAACAAGCUGUCCAUCAUGUACUUUGCCAUUAGGCAACAACUCGAAGAUGGCGGGGAGCAGCUGCCACCCCUGGAUCUUGAGUCUCAGGGCGAGACUCACAAUGGCGAGCGCUACACAGCUCACAAGUUCUGGGUCCACCCUGAUAACUUGCUUGAGGUCAAGACUGUCAUCCUUCGACAUCUACCGGCUCUUGUUUAUAGUGAACAGUCCGCCAAGGAGCUUGAUGGCAGCGACUCUCCGUCUAUCACUUCGUUGUACUUCGAUAAUAAGCAAUUUGAGCUUUAUGGCGAGAAGGUCAACCGCAAAUCUGAAGCAACGUCCCUGCGACUUCGCUGGUAUGGACAGUUGGCUACUCGACCCGAGAUUUUCGUCGAGCAAAAGACUGUCGACGACAAGGGUGGCAGCCAGGACCUCAAGUUCACAAUCAAGGACAAAUAUGUUAAGUCAUUCGUGGAUGGCGAAUACAACCCUGAGAAGGCGGUCGCAAAGAUGAAGAGACAGAGCUUUGCUCCUGAAAAGAUUGAACAAUUCCAGGAGACUGUCAACAACAUACAAAAAUACGUCAAGGAGAAGGGUCUUAGCCCUGUUCUGAGGGCGAACUACGCUCGAACCGCUUUUCAGAAGCCUGCUGAUGAUCGUAUUCGCAUCGCUAUCGAUACCGACGUGGCAUUCAUCCGUGAGGACACUCUUGACCCCAGCCGCCCUUGCCGUGAUCCAAAUGAGUGGCAUCGUCUUGACAUUGACGAAAGCGAGAUGACCUACCCCUUCAAGAAGAUGAAUCAGAGUGAGGUCAACCGUUUCCCUUAUGCCCUUCUCGAGAUCAAGUUGAAGGAGGAUAGUCAACGAAAGCACCCCACAUGGGUUGAGGACUUGAUGUCCUCCCACUUGGUUCACCCUACCCCUCGCUUCUCCAAGUUUGUCCAUGGUAUUGCAGCUCUCUUUGAAGAUUACGUCAACAACUUGCCUUUCUGGCUCAGUGAUCUCGAGUCUGAUAUCCGAAAGGACCCUCAGAAGACAUUUGAGGAGGAGGAGCAGCGACGUGCUCAACGACAUGAGGACGUUAUGGCUGUCGGAAGUCUGAUCGGUGCGGGAGCUAAAUCCGGGUCCUAUAAGCCUGCCCAAAGCUCACCAGUCAGCAAGUCUUAUCUGGCUGAACGCAUGUCUAAGGAUUCGAUCACCCAAGCUCUUAACAAGCGUACGUCUACUCCCGCGAACGGAGAAGAAGCUGGCGAGAGCAGUUCCCAGCAACGGUCAGAGCAGGAGAGGUCCUACGGAACUCUCUCAUCUGUUAUCCCAGGAUUCUCACUAUCCAAGUACUCAAGGGCGAAGCGGGCAUCUCAACAGCCAUUGCCAGAGGGUGUAGUAGCGCCGACAGAAUGGAUCAAGAAUAUGGGCGAGCUCAAGGUUGAGCCCAAGGUUUGGCUCGCCAACGAGCGAACUUUCCUCAAGUGGCAGCAUAUCUGUAUCCUUCAGGGCGGUCUGGCUGUCGGUCUUUACACAGCAGCUGGUGAGAACACACUCGCUUCUGUCAUUGGUCUCUUGUUUGUCCUCAUUGCUGUGUUUGCCGGCGUAUGGGGUUAUGCAAUGCUGAGAAUCAGGCGAACCAUGAUUGUGGAGCGAAGCGGUAAGGACUUUGAUAACAUGAUCGGGCCCAUGAUUAUCAGUGGCUCACUAAUGCUUGUGCUUAUUCUCAACUUUUUCUUUGCGUAUCGGGAGGCCUUUGGAAAAUUCAAGGAUGAUCAGAAUAGCCUGGGAGAGCUCCUGUCUGAAGAUCUGAAGUAA